AUGAACGAGGAAAAAGAUUCCAACCCAUACCAGUGGGGGUUCGCAAUCUACCGAACUGUGUAUACACCUCAAUCGGAUGAACUAUGGCCUUCGGUGCUCGAGAAACUGGAAACGUUCAUGGAGCUCAGUUGCAAAGACCAAGCUUAUCGAGAGGAACUGCCAAACGUUGUGAUCUGGGAUCGGGAUAAGUUCAACAACGCAUCCUUUGACGACAUUCGAAAAGACUUUAAAAGACAACUGCUUAUUCCAGAAAUGGGUGACGAUGAAAUCAACUUUGAGGAAGAUACGGAGACAGAGGCUCGGAAACAUGAAUUACGUCACCAAAAGAAGCUGAGCUGGCAGAGGAACUAG